AAUUUUUUAUUGGUAAUGUGAUCAUAGUUGUAGCCGAAGAUUUUCUAUUAGCAAAAGUAUCUACUGAUGUUGCAACUCCUAAUGACACGUUUAAAGACGUAUUGAUAACUUGGGUUGAAUUUGAUUCAGUCAUUGUUGAA